AUGGAUGAGCAAGGCCUGGAUUCGAAAGUGCAGCCAGAUCAAGAGCCAUCAGAGCAAUGUGCCCACAGCCCCAGGCCGGACCGCACCGUAACCCAGCGCCCCAGGCCGGACCGCAGCGUAACCCAGCGCCCCAGGCCGGACCGCAGCGUAACCCAGCGCCCCAGGCCGGACCGCACCGUGACCCAGCGCCCCAGGCCGGACCGCACCGUGACCCAGCGCCCCAGGCCGGACCGCACCGUGACCCAGCGCCCCGGGCUGGACAGCACCCAGGCUCAGAGCUCUGAGCUGGACCACACACUGGCUAAGCUUAAACAUGAUGCAGGCUGUACAGUGGAAGUCCUUGUUGAUCAGGACAACAUUCUGAAGGGCAUAUUUUAUCAGGAUACAACAAUGCAAAAGCAUUUUGACCUGUUUCCUGAGGUUCUAGUGGUGACCACAGCCUGUAGGCUGUUUGACAUGUACGUGUAUGUGCAGCUAGCUGUGGACGGUAAUGGACACAGUGAUCUUGUGUCCAUGUUCGUGGUUAGUGACAGCUCCAAAUCCAUCUCGGCUAUGGUGGACAUAUUCAAACGGUACAAUCGUGCGUGGGAGAGGAUCCAGGUGGUGGUAAUGGCUGAGUAUCGCAUGGAGAGACUGGUGUAUGCUUCACACUAUCCCAAGGCCCAAAUAUUCAUCACACCCUCCCGCGUCACCCGAACCAUGAAGCAGGAGAUAAGUCAGAUGGACACCCUAACUGUCCAGCAGAAACAGGAGAGUCUGCAUCUUCUUCAGCAGAUAGCUCACUCUAACGGAGAGCAGUCCUACCAGAAGAAUGUCGAGCACCUGCACAAGAUAGGAAUCCAGCUGGUCAUAGACUAUUAUAACCGAACAUGGCACCCAAUCAGGGAGCAUUGGGUAGUGGGCCUGAAGGAGUGUUGCCUCUACAGCCAGAACACCACCAGGCAACUGGCCCAGUUUCAGCGCCGGCUGAACCAGUGCAUCCAUGCGUUGGGUGACCUCCGGGGCUUUUGUCAGGAUAUUAAGACACUAGUUGACAGCCUGCGGGGGGUGCUGAGGGAGGCAGCGAUAGCACAGCUGCAUGUGAAGGCAGAAGCGGGCGAACUAGUAUUGUUGAGCUCUGUCUGGCACCGAUACCUGAACCUGUUGACACCCUACGCCAGCCAGCUCGUUGCCAGGCAGCUGGGCCUCUCUGAGCAGGUGGAUUUUGAACAGGAGCUCACAGCAGGAGACACAGUUGUGCUGGACUCUGCCUCGGGCAUCAUAACUAUUACUGCCACAUCCUGUACCUGUCCAUUUGCCACACUCAACAGGUUGCCAUGCCGACAUAUGUUUGCGUUCAGGGAGAAGUGUGGCCUGAAUCUUUUCUCAGAGGAAGGGUUGGCACCAAGGUGGUGUCUCAAACACAGCUGCAGGAACGAUCAGCAGGGAGAAUUGGGUGGAGGAGGAGGGGACUUGGGUAGAGAGGAGCAGGGCGAUUCAUGUGGAGAGGAGCAGGGGGGUGGAGCAGACCAGGGCAGCUCUGAGCACACUGCGGCCAGACAUCACAGGCGAGCUGCGCGCAUGGCUCGAGCCCUGAUGUUGCUCAUCUGCGCUACGUCCUCCUCUGCUCUGCAUGAAGAGCGAAUCGCUGUCCUGCAGCAGGUGCUCCAUCUGUGGGAGGAGGACAAACAUGCCACCGUGGUGGAGCUCAUACAGGUCACAGUCUGAGGAGUGCCCAGAGCAGGAAAUGUAGCAUGGACGUGGCUGACCAUCUGAGGGAUUAGGGUUUAUCUGUACAUAUUUUCAUAUUUUCAUAGUUAUAUAAAUGUUAAGUCUAUAUAUGGAUAUUCUAACACUACCCAGUUCACUCUGACUGAUUGUAAAUAUUCAUUUGAAAUGCCACUUCAGUUAAUACUUUUCUUUCACAUAAAAUGAAUUCAUUGAUGAUUUUUUGGUGGAUUUUCCCCUUGUCAUUUUUCUUCAUUUUUGUACAGACAAAACUCUUUGUAUUUAUAAAACAAGCACAGUUAAGGUUUUUAUACUGUCAUGUCCUACUCAAGGGCUGGAGGUGCUGGAGCAGGGAAAACACUCACCCCCAGGGAAAACAAACAUCAUGACUCUUCUUUUCCACUGAUAUCGGUUCAGUUUCUAAGAUGUUCGUUAUAUUGCUCUAGGUAACAGAAACUCUGUACCACUGUAAGACCAGGACCAUUUCUCUUUGGUAUCUCUGAACUUUGCAGUUCCUCCUUGUG